UUAUUCAGUCCUGGGAUUGUAUUAUCCGACUCUGUUCCUACUAGAUUUUCUGCGCGGAAUGCAAUAAACAGAUAGAAAGAAAAAGAAACCAAAAUAGUGAUCCUGUAUCGCCGGACCUUUCUUGCCGAGAAAGCCACAGCUUUCUCUUCAACGGAGAUUUUGUAGAAGACAAGGCAUUCCUCAAACUCAACAACUAUUACGAUGGCGUUUGCAUUGGAAGAACAGCAGUUGCAGAACUUAAUCCACAGAGAGAUCGAAUUUGGGUUCGGGAAAGACGAAGAUUUGGUGAUUCCCACCUGGGUUUUGGACGCUCGAUUGGAAUCCAUCACAUGGGUUCUCCAGAGAAGAACGGGUCUUGGAUUUCAUCCUAGAACAGCAUAUUUGUGCAUGACAUACUUUGAUCGGUUCAUUUCCCUGAGACAAAUCCCUGUUGCUAUGGUUAGAUUGCUUUCUGUGGCGUGUCUAUCUCUGGCUGCAAAGAUGAAGGAGCAGAACAUUCCAUCACUGUCGCAAUAUGAAGUCGAAAAUCCUCACUUUUUCGAAGGAAAACUGAUUCAGAAAAUGGAGCUUAUGGUGUUGGGAGCACUGGAAUGGAACAUGAAUAUCAUCACACCCUUCUCGUUUGUCGAUUACUUCAUCUCCAAGUUGUGCCAAGAAUCUCCAUCUGAUGUAAAAUUAAAGAUUGAAGACCUCCUCCUUUCUGUGAUCACAGAGAUUAAUUUGAUGCAUCAACGACCGUCAGCUGUAGCAGCCGCCGCCACCUUGAUGGCAUUGGAUCAGAAAUUAACAAAAGAAGCAUUGGAACUAAAGAUAAACUCCAUACCAGAACUGAAACUUUCGGAAAUUGAAGCUGUGUUUUCAUGCUACAAUAUACUGCAGGAGCUAAGGACGGAGAAACCUAAAGAACCCGUGUCCGUAAAAAUCGAUUGAUCGCUGAUGCUGUUUGAUUCGAGCCCAGCGGAUGGAACUUGUAGAGAAUUUUUCAGUUAGAUUAGAUUACAUCAGUAAAAUUGUAACUGGUUUAAAGAGAGUGCAUAGUUCUUACUUGUUCACAAUGUCAUGAUUUGGAGGUGAUGAGAAACAGCUUCCUGAAGAAAAUUUACAGAAAGUAAUAAAAGAGCAAAGCUUUUUGCCCUAGAAUUUGUACCAGAAUAUUAUUUGUUUUCAUAUUAUGCAAUGUCUGUGAGUAUUUUGUACA